AUGACAUCAGCGCCGCCUACUCAGAGGUAAUGUGCCGGCCCUUUUCAGAUUUUCAAAGGAUUUCAGUAAACAAGUGCAAUUGCAUAAAAUCGAAGACAUCGCGUAUUCGGACUCCGACACGGUUCCAGAGUUUUCGAACAAAGAUGGAUCGAGAGAAAGUGUGCAUCCGGACAGACAAUAUCAAUUAAUGAUGGUCCGAGUGCAGGACCAUCUGCCGGAAUCCCAGAUGAGGAUGGCGACGGAGACGGUGAGCGGCGAGCUGAAGUGCACGUGGAAGAGCCCUUCGGCGAGUCUGUUCGCAUUCUUCGCCGCUCCGCACCUCCCGAUCCUUCAGCUGGCGCACGCGAUCGCAAAGAAACAGUGCGGGGAUAAGGCGACGCUCCGCUCGAGCCAGUGCUUUGCGGAGCCGAAGAACGAAAAGUUUCUGAUUGCGAAGGAAACCGAACUGAAGAAUCUGAAGUUUGAGCUGAUUUUGGGAGCCAACCGGUUCGGAUGGGAGAAGACGGAGACGCCGAACGACAUCUCGAAACGGAUCCACAAUACUUUUUCCGAGUCGGUCCAUCCUCGUUCCCAAUCCGAUAUAAUCUGUCGUUUCAGAGUGAUGCGGAUCUUCCCGAACGUCGUCCUUUUUCUCGGACCGAUCGCCUUCGACACCCUGUUCGAAAUACUCGAUAAGCAGAAACGGAAAUCCACGUCAGCAACGAAGCCAGGCGCCGUUGUCGUCGAGAAUUUCCGAAAGGAAAACGAGAAGUGGUCACGCAUUCAGAAGUCAGGAUCCAACUCGAUCUCCGUUCCGCUCAAGCCUUAUGUUUGA